AUGGCGCCUUCCGCGACCUGCCCUCUCCACUCCAUGGCAUCCGUCUCCCGCGCUCUCCGCCCGCGCCCGCGUCUCGCCGCUCCUCGUCUCGGGUGCGGACUGAGAGUUGGAUGCUCUGUGCCAGCAUAUGGAGGUGCUGCCACGGAGAAGGCCGGGUGGGGAUUGGCCAUUGCGCCCGCACCAGCGACCACUCUUGUUCCGGUUGUCAGGAGCCGUCAAAUUUUCUGCAAGGCAGAAGCUAAUAUUUCUAGUAACCUGCCAGCGAGCGAGCCUACUGGAGCAAGCCAGUACGAGAAAAUAGUUGAGCUACUCACAACUCUUUUCCCUGUCUGGGUCAUAUUAGGUACAGUUAUUGGCAUCUACAAGCCAUCAAUGGUCACCUGGUUGGAGACUGAUCUUUUUACCGUGGGCCUAGGAUUCCUAAUGUUGUCAAUGGGACUAACAUUAACAUUUGAAGAUUUCAGGAGAUGUUUAAGGAAUCCAUGGACAGUUGGUGUGGGAUUUCUUGCGCAGUAUUUGAUCAAACCAAUGCUAGGAUAUGCUAUCGCAUUGACAUUGAAGCUAUCUGCUCCUCUUGCAACUGGUCUUAUUUUGGUCUCAUGUUGUCCUGGUGGUCAAGCAUCAAAUGUUGCAACUUACAUAUCCAAAGGAAAUGUGGCACUUUCAGUUCUUAUGACCACUUGCUCGACUAUUGGUGCUAUAGCGAUGACACCACUCCUUACUAAACUCCUUGCUGGUCAAUUAGUCCCUGUUGAUGCUGCAGGCUUGGCCAUCAGUACUUUUCAGGUUGUUUUAGUACCGACUAUCGUUGGAGUGUUGGCACAUGAGUAUUUUCCCAAGUUUACCGAGCGGAUUAUCUCCAUAACACCACUGAUAGGGGUCAUCCUCACCACCUUGCUCUGUGCUAGCCCUAUUGGGCAAGUCGCAGAAGUGUUGAAAACUCAAGGUGCUCAACUUAUUCUCCCUGUUGCUCUGCUGCAUGCUGUUGCAUUCGCUCUUGGCUAUUGGAUCUCGAAAUGGUCUUCUUUCGGGGAAUCAACUUCUAGAACCAUCUCAAUUGAGUGUGGGAUGCAGGUGCCCUUUUUUGUGGUUAAUAGUGACAUGUCACAUUCUUCAUGUUUGCAGAGUUCUGCGCUUGGAUUUUUACUUGCCCAAAAGCACUUCACGAAUCCUCUUGUUGCUGUUCCCUCUGCUGUCAGUGUUGUGUGCAUGGCGCUCGGAGGCAGUGCUCUCGCAGUUUUCUGGAGAAACAGAGGCCUUCCAGCAGAUGACAAGGACGAUUUCAAGGAAUGA